AUGAGCACAUCUAGCCAGGGAGACAUUCCUCAGGAGUAUAUCAGCAACGAAAACCCGUUUGCAUACAUGAAGGAAUACUCUGGGAGUCAGUCUCUCGAUCCAGAGGUCAAGCUUCGGCUCAACGCUUUGCAGCAGAUGCAACCCAAGUUCAUUCCCCUUGGGAUCAAUAGUAGAAUACUCAAGGCCGAGCAAACCAUUAAAAUCAAGGCCAUAGUUGAGUGCCAGAUAGAAAAGCUGCUCGAUGAAGGAAUGAAGCUUAUAGACAGCAAUGUCCCAGAAAGGGAAGAGGCCCUCAGAAGAAACGCAGAUGAUCCAAGGGUCCUCGAUAUCUUGAUAAGCAUAGGCAGGUUGAGACUGCUGAGCAACCAAGAAAGACUCAGAGAAAAGGUUUACUGUGCACUAAAGAGUAUGGUACCACAAGACAUGACAAAUUCUAUUGACUACUCCUCAUCGAUAAGCGAGGAUUAUCUUUCUGAUGCAAUGGAGUACGAGGAGCUGGAGGAGAAGUCCAACCGUGCCGAAACCCCAAUGUCUGCAGGAGAUUAA